AUUUGAAAGCGAAAGAAAGGAAGGGUUAGAAAAUUAAAACAAUAAACUGAUAAAAAAAGAAAGAAAGAAAGGGUUAGAAAAUUAAAACAAUAAACUGAUAAAAAAAAAGAAAGAAAGAAAGAAAGAAAAAACAGAGCUUCAUAAUAUUAGUGCAUUCCCACCACAUGCGCAGACACGUGAUCUAGGAUCUCUCUCUAGGAUCUGCUUCUUUCUCUUAUCAAUUCUCAUUCAUAAUCAUUCAUUCCUCCAAUCUACGACUUUCUGUUGUUUCUCCCUCAACACAACACAACAUGUUCCUCUUUGACUGGUUCUAUGGCAUUCUCGCUUCCCUCGGUCUUUGGCAGAAAGAAGCCAAAAUUCUCUUCCUUGGUCUCGAUAAUGCCGGCAAAACCACCCUCCUUCACAUGCUCAAAGACGAGAGAUUAGUUCAGCACCAGCCGACGCAGCACCCCACUUCGGAGGAAUUGAGCAUUGGGAAGAUCAAGUUUAAGGCUUUCGAUUUGGGGGGCCAUCAAGUUGCUCGCAGGGUCUGGAAAGACUAUUAUGCCAAGGUGGAUGCUGUCGUGUACCUGGUUGACGCCUUCGAUAAAGAGAGGUUCGCGGAAUCUAAGAAGGAGCUCGAUGCCUUGCUUUCUGAUGAAUCCUUGGCAAAUGUUCCAUUUCUUGUGCUAGGCAACAAGAUUGACAUCCCUUACGCAGCUUCAGAAGACGAGCUACGAUAUCAUCUAGGCCUGACCAAUUUCACCACAGGCAAAGGAAAGAUUAACCUCACAGACUCCAACCUUCGACCCCUUGAAGUGUUCAUGUGCAGCAUUGUGCGCAAGAUGGGGUAUGGUGAAGGCUUCCAGUGGCUUUCCCAAUACAUCAAGUAGAGAGUCCUUAUUCAUUCUUAGUUCCCCUUUCUCUUGUCAACUAGCACUGUCUGCAGUUACAUCAGAAGAUAAUUUACCUUUGUUUUUGCUUUUGAUAAUUUUUUAUUGGAUGAUUUGAUACAACUGCAGUGAUAUUACAUGAUAAAAUUUGUAUCUUCAAAGAUUUUUUUGGGGGAAUGUUCUCCUUUAAAAUACUGAAUUCUGUUGUAGCCUUGUAGGAUGGUAUGACAUGGCAGGAACUCUAAUAAAUCUGGAAGAAUGUUAGUCCAAUUUCUUCCCUGUUACAUGUG